UGGACUCAGCGAACUCUUAUUCAACACUCUUUGAGGUAUUGGAUAACAUUUCCCCACUGAAGAGCACAAAGCCACAGAGAGACCUCGAGGCGCCAUGGCUGCUCCGUUCAAAUCUAUUCCUUUAAUUGAUGUAAGUCCUCUUUUGGACAAAUGGGAUCAUCCGAACAUGUCUCAAGAUCAAGGUGUGGUUGAAGUAGUUAGACAGCUAGAUCAGGCUUGUAAAGAGACAGGAUUCUUUUACGUGAAAGGCCAUGGCAUUCCUGAUUCUCUUGUGAAAAAGGUUAGACAUAUGUCACAUAUUUUCUUUGAUCAACCACAUGACACAAAACUCAAGAUUAAGCUCUCUCCAGAAACUGGAUACAGAGGAUAUCAGUGGGUUGGACAGAAUAUAACCAAAGGCGUGCCUGACAUGCAUGAAGCUAUUGAUUGCUAUAAAGAAGUGCGAGAUGGAAUGUAUGGAGACCUUGGAGAAGUUAUGCAAGGAUCUAAUAAAUGGCCGAGUAACCCCCCAGAUUUUGCAAUAUUGAUGGAGGAAUAUAUCAACUUUUGUACAGCUCUAUCAAGAAAGAUAAUAAGGGGAAUUGCUCUUGCAUUGGGUGGAUCAGUUGAUGAGAUUGAAGGGGAAAAAGCUGGUGAUCCAUUUUGGGUGCUACGUAUUAUAGGUUACCCUGGCAGAUCCUGCUCAAGUGACUCAAAUCUACCAGAAAAUGAUAUUGGAUGUGGGGCUCAUACAGACUAUGGACUAUUAACACUAGUUAAUCAAGAUGAAGAUAUCACUGCCCUUCAGGUAAGAAACCGAUCUGGUGAGUGGAUAUCCGCACCCCCCAUCCCCGGCACGUUUGUUUGCAAUAUUGGCGAUAUGCUACAGAUAUUGUCAAACGGUCUGUACGAAUCAACCUUGCACCGUGUCAUCAAUAAUGCUCCAAAAUAUCGUGUUUCUGUGGCCUAUUUCUAUGAGCCCAACUUCGAUGCGUUGAUCGAGCCACUCGAAGUGUGCAAACAGAAGACUGGUGGUCUGAAGAACUUUGAAGGAGCUGUUUAUGGAAAGCAUUUAGUUAGUAAAGUCACUACCAACUUUGUGGUGUGAUUUUAUUUGUUGUACAUCCAAUGGAGAUGUGUGGCGUAAAUUUUAAUAAGUGUAGCAUAACAUUAUCAAGAACCACUCAAAACCUAGUGUGUGAUGGAAUAGUAAUCGAAUGAUAAUUUGUGAAUCGUGAUGAUGAUGUUUAUUGUUGUUGUUUAUAUUUCAUGUUAACUGCCUAGGCAGUUCGUGUGAU